AUGACCGGUGAACUCUGUUACACACCACGGUGGUUACGAACAGCAGCUGUAAAUGUAUUAAACAACUAUCACAGGGAAGCUAAUUGCUCCCAACUUGGAUGGCAGAUAGACUUACUGAGUUACAAGACGCAAUUAAUUUACAAGCUGAAAAUUUGUGCAACGCAAUCGGUGUCUGCUAAACCAGAAUACCAGGCAUUUAUCCAAGCUCAACCAACUGACGAUAUUGCUCGGAGUUUUGCUGUUGCAAUUUCCGCUACUGCAAAGCAACUGGAUGCAUUGAUUGGAGCUCUGCCUGAAGAAGAAGCCAGUGCAGAUAUUCAACGUGCUACUGUUCACAAACUUUUAGAAGCUUAUAGAUCUGAAGGAGCGAAACUUGCGCGUAUCACAACUAAACUUGAGUCAAGGUUGGCUGAAAAUCAGAGGUGUAUAGAGAAUUUUAUGGAAACUAAUCCUAAUCUGUCGUUGAACAACGACUCAAGUUAUGAGGCUCCUGAAUACAUAUAUUCAUCACCGCCAUCGUCUAUUUCCUGGCUCACCUAUUUAACUAUUAUAUUCCUUUUUAUUUUAUUCUUUCGACUAUGCUUUACAUUCGGUAUCGUGGAUAGAUUACAUGCUCUUGUUAAUUUUAUUUUGGCAAUAUCCACACCAUCUGGUCGUAAACGUCGAGCACUACGUGCUAAGUGUGUUGAAGAUCUAGGAAAUUUACGAACUCAAUUGAAAAGUGUACAUAUGGUGGAUGAGUUUGCUACUUAUUCGAAACUAGAACGAAAGAUAAAACUAUUGGAACGUCAGUUGAACUCCCUGGCCCCUGAAACUCUUGUUGGAUCAAUGGUUCGUCAAGUCAGUAUCUACGUUGGAUUAUAUGUAAUCGAAGCAAUAUUUAUGGCUUAUCUAAUUUCAUAUUCACCAAUUGAGACAAUUUCACCGGUAACACUACAAUCUCUCAUGAUAAAUAAUCAUUCAAUGAAAGAUAUUACUAUUUUUAUCUGUCAAGUAAUAUCAUAUAUACCUGUAAAAAUUUUAGUGAUAUGUUGGAUUAUUUUAUGUCGGUUAACUAUUGGACCAGCAGUAGCUAAAUUGGGAAAUACAUUACAACGACAACAACAGUCUCAAAAUCAACAAUCAAAUCAAAACUCAAGUGUUAAUUUUACUAACAGUACAACAACUACUGUACCCACUACUUCUGUGCCCAAUACAUCAUCCUGA